GGGGAAGGGGAGGGGUCCGAAUAUGCUGCAAUGGAGCCAGUCAGCGACAUACAAACAUGAUUACAUACAAAGUAUGUAGUGAGGGUGUGUACCCCCAGCUGACGAAAAGUGGAACGCUUUCUUUCAGCCUCAUCCCGUGACUAUGACCGAAGGGGAAGGAAGACGUGUGGUUCCGGUUUCUGGCUGGCUUGCUUGCAGGACUUGGCUUACCCCCCCAGUAAUCAAGUCUACUCCACCCCUCCCUUGUCUCACCCUCCUCUACAAGAAGAUGGUGUGUGGGCUGACAGGUAUUCUCGCCGUCGCCGUCGUCGUCAUCAUCAUCAUCAUCAACAUCAUCACAACAAAAAUAUCUCCUCCUCCUGUUGUAACAGAACCAACAACGCCCGCACAUCACUACCAUACAACAUACUCAGAAAACCAACAAUUGAAUUCCACGCACGAGCAGCUCUACUCACUCCAUCGCCAGUGCGCAGCGCAGACUCCUCAACUUGAUGAUACCUUCCCCCUCUCCCAUCACCCUUCUAUAAAGUAUCCACCCAAAGACAACCAUACCAACUUCGUUGUCCUUGACACGACCCUAUUCAACACAACUAAAAACUCGCUGCCGGCCAGUGAGUGGGAUUGAGAACAUUGGGUCGCUUUGUACUCUACCCAGCUGCGCUAUCAAGUCUUCUAGUACUCACUGUUAUGUCUACCAUACCUAUAGAACUUCUAAACAUCAUAUCUUGCUGGGGGGGGUUUGCUCCCUUCUGUGGGCUGUCCCCUGUCCCCUGCCUUUUGCUUUUCUUCUCUCUUCUUCUGGAAUGUCAUCUUUUGAUACAAGGCUUUUUUGA